AUGCCACUGUGGAGACGGACAAAGGCUGGCGAUGAGGAGUGUAACCGUGCUGUCCUGGUCUCAGUGUCGAACUUUGACCACGGUGUACCACUGGGCAGGAGGCCAGGGGCAGAGAAAGACAGCAAAAGACUCCACCGUACCCUGACCAGACUGGGAUACAGAGUGGACAUACACACUGACCUCACCUCUCAGGAGAUGUACACACUCUUCAGGACAGGUAACACACACACCCUAUGCACACACACUCCUGCUCUACAUCAGCUCUAAAACAAGAAUACAUAUUUUAUAUCCUGGUUUUAACCAUGUCACCAAACUUAUCAAAGUUCUUACAUAAUGUUAGCAAUUAGGGGACAGUCACGGAGUCCACUGCAGCCCAGAAUACAAAACAAUUGAAAACCUACACUGAGUGUACAAAACAUUAUGAACACCUGCUCUUUCCAUGACAUAGACUGACCAGGUGAAUCCAGGUGAAAGCUAUGAUCCCUUAUUGAUGUCACUUGUUAAAUCAACUUCAAGCCUUGAGACAUGGAUUGUACAUAUGUACCAUUCAGGGGGUGAAUGGGCAAGACAAAAUAUUUAUGUGCCUUUGAACAGGGUAUGGUAGUAGAUGGAUGGUUCUGGUAGGUCAAAGAACUGCAAAGCUGCUGGGUAUUUCACGCUCAACAGUUUCCCAUGUGUAUCAAGAAUGGUCCACCACCGAAAGGACAUCCUUCCCACAACUGUGGGAAGAAUUGGAGUCUCCAUGGGCCAGCAUUCCUCUGGAACUGUUGAGCGUGAAAAAUGCAGCAGCGUUGCAGUUACGAUCAUACCCCGUUCUAAGACACUUAAAUAUUUUGUCUUGCCCAUUCACCCUCUGAAUGGCACACACACAAUCCAAGUCUCAAUUGUCUCAAGGCUUAAAAAUCCUUCUUUGACCUGUCUCGUCCCCUUCAGGGGGGAGGCAGAGGAAAGAUACUGUGUCAUUCAUUUUUAUUUACAGUAAUAAUCAUUGGAGAUUUGAAAUACUGUAUAUAUGGCGUGCAGACAGAAUGAAAGUAUGACACACACAAACACACAUACACACGAGACAGAAUGUCCUAGAGAUAAAGGAUGACACACACAGUCCUAUACACACCUGUUUAAUAACUACUGUGCAAAUACCUGCAGACAUAUGCACACACCAUGCCAUGCCCUGCAGACAGGAUGACAGAUGGAUAAGCUAAUCUUCCAUUAAAGGAAACUGUUUUGAGGAAUCACAUGCCACCAUCAUGACAUGCCACAGCAGGGGAGAGAAUCUUCUAGUAGUGUUUCUUCUUCUAACCGGUACAGCCAGAGAGGGAUGGGCCCAUCCAUAGUCUGGUUCCUCUAAAGGUUUCUUCCUUUUAGGCAGUUUUUCCUUGCCACUGUGCUGCUGUUUGCUCUUAGUGGGUCUAGGCCGGUAAAACACUUUCUGACAAAACAUUUAUAAAUGAAUACAAUUUGAUUAAUUGAUUGAUUGAUGUAUUGAUUGAUUGCAGAGAGUGAGCGGCCGGUGAAGGAGUGUUUCCUGGCGGUGCUGUCGUCUCACGGAGAGGAGGGCUGUGUAUUCGGGACGGACGGAAGGCCGGUUAGACUGUCCCACAUAUUUUCCUGCUUCAACAACACACACAUGGAGGGAAAGACCAAACUGUUCUUUAUCCAGGUCAGUACCAUCAUCAUCAUCAAUCACCACAUCCACAACAAAAAAUAUGUAAAUCAGUCAGUGAUAUGAUAAUCAUCAUUAGUAAUCAUCUCUCUCUCUCUCUCUCUCCCUCUCGCUCUCUCUCUAGGCGUGUCGUGGGGGUGAGCUGGAUGAUGGGGUGACGGUGGAGACAGAUUCAGCAGGAAGUGAUGUCACUGAGGACACCCUGUCUCAGUACCUGUCCAUCCCCAUGGAUACAGCGGUGAUGUACGCCACCACGCCAGGUUACGGGGCCUUCAUGCACCCUCUGGGGGCCGUCUUCCUCCAGACGCUCUGCAUCCUAUUGGAGGAGGAAGGGGGCGGAGCCCUGGAGCUGACACGCCUCCUGACACGCCUCUCCCACCGCGUAGCCUUCGGCUUCCAGGCCAAAGGCCGUCUGCUGGGGGGGAAAAAGGAAAUGCCCUGCUUCGUAUCGCGACUGACCAAAGAGGUGUUCCCAUUCGCAGAGCCCGGGAAGGAGGGCGGGGCCAAUGGGCUUUCUGCAACAACAUUGGUCAACCCAGAGCACAACAGACCUCGCAAACCAUCUAUAAGCUAA